UAUAUUCCCAUAACAAUAAUACAUUUGAAUUUUUUAUAGUAAUUAAUAUUUACUUCCAACUUUAAUGAAUAAAAUUUAAAUGCAGAAAAUUAGACAAUUUUUCAGCGCAAAUUUUAAAAUACUUGACAAAUAAAUCAUCACGUUCGCAUUCUAACGAUUACAAUAUAAUUUUCUUUUAGACUUCGUAAAAGAUCGUACGCUAGUUUAUGUGCCAACUAUUCUGUAGUUAAAAUAUUCUUUAUUGUACUCAUACAAGCUUUUCUGUUUGCUAUAAAUAGAAAGUAAUCAGUUUAUGUUCGUGACCUUGUACAGUGAAGUCAGGAUGUCUAUACAUAAAAUAACAUCAGAAAUAUUUUUAGAGGAUGAUAAACAUUCAGAAAAACUCACAAAUAAUAGUGCUAUUACCCAAUUUAUCUUUAAGUGUCCUUCUUACAUGAUAAAAUCAAAAUCAAAAUCAAAAAUAAAAGCGAUAGAGUAUGAUGAAGAUGAUGAUUUGAAUAUAGACAGAGAUGAAGAAAGUGUUUUAUAUAUAGGUAUAUAUUUUUUAUACAUUAAUUUAUCAAAAAUUUUAAAACUACUUUUUAUUUUAGAACACAGUGUAUCGACAGAAUUGCAAAUGGUAGGUUUGCAGGUAUGGCGAGGUGCUCUUUUAUUAGCUGAUUAUAUUUUAUCCAACCCUGAUUUAUUUAAGGAAAAAAUAAUUAUGGAAUUAGGAUCUGGUGUUGGUUUAACUAGCAUUAUUGCUAGUUUUUUAGCAAAAGAAAUAAUUUGUACAGAUAUUAAUUUAGGUGAGAUAUUAAAAUUAGUGAAACGAAAUUUUAUGAGGAAUAUAUCUUAUGUGAAAUGUAAAUUUCAUAUAGAAGAAUUAAAUUUUUUAAAUUUAAAAUGGUCUAAAAGUUUAGAAGAAAAAGUUAAUAUGACAGAUAUUUUCAUAGCUGCAGAUGUGAUUUAUGAUGAUGUUAUAACAAAUGGAUUUGUUACAACGUUAGAAAAACUCUUAAGUAAGGAAGUUCCAAAAACAGCUUACAUUGCUUUGGAGAAAAGAUAUGUUUUCACUGUUGCUAAUAUGGAAACUGUUGCUCCAAUGUAUGAAGAAUUUCUACGUUGUAUUCAAAGACGAAAUCUUAACUGGAAUAUAGAAUAUGUGAAAAUAGAUUUUCCACGAUUUUUUAAAUAUGAGAGAGUACAACAUAUGAUUCUAAUGAAAAUAGAAAAUAAAAUUAAUAUUAAAGAUAAGUAAAUAUAUGGAGAAUAUGUAAUAU